CCCCGCGACUUGCCCCCUCCCCUGUAUUUCAACACUGUAGUGUAGUCAAGUUGUCCACCCGCCGCACGCCCACAACCAUCUUCCCCGAGUGCGCCCAGAACAUGGUGGUGGCGGAGCUCGUGAACGCAGCGCCGGGGUAAAAGAGCCAGCCAGCGGGGUUCAACUCCAGCCCGAGCCGCCACACAGGAUCCAGCAGACGGGGAGGAGAACCGAGAGCGGACGGAAGAGGACGGCGGCAGUGCACUCGCCUGGCAUGAGCUUUGCCCACGGAGGGAAAAAAAGAGUUUCAGAGGAAUGCUAAACAGACAAAGUGGAGAUUAAAGAGGCGGAUAAUAAUACUGGCGUGGGAUUUGAAGCAAUGUGAGAUGUCAGUCUUGCUCUGAACUCCAGCAAUGUUAACCAGCCAGCCCGAUUAAACGACUUGAGGCCUGGGGAAGAAGAAGAAAACUUUCGUCCUCAUUUCCAACACUUUAUAUGAGAUUCCUUCUGAGGGACUGGCUUUAAAAAGGAUUGCACAGAACCAAGAGUGUACUUUCCCUCAGCACUCUUCUGCUUGUGUGAGCGCCUCGGUGUCAUCAGUGUUUAGUUCUUCUUGGAAGUUGAAAUCUUGAGUAUUAUUGGUCUUCUGGAGCUGGCAGAUAUGCACAGGCGCGCUUCGCCCUCGCGCUGAUGUCAUCUGGAGGUGUCACGACGUCGACUUGAGCCUGGAAGUGUUUUAAAGCGCUUUGAAAGCUGGAAUAUUCACAGUUGACAUCCGGAGUGGGUGUUCAGGAAAGGACGGGGCUCCUCUAUGGGAAUAGGCCAUCUUCUGACCCUCGUCUGGGGCAGAAGUAGCGAGUUCUGCUCCGAGUUUUGACGGAAAACACAGGCAACUGCAGCGUCUUUCUGUCAGGCGUUCACUUUUGUGAGGACCAUUAUGGUGCCAGAACCCAAGGGAGAAUGUUGUUAGAGAUGUUUUGCAACUUUUUUGUUAUGUUUUUGAUUCUUUAAAGGGAAACGUGGCGCAUUUAAAAGAAGUUUUCUCUCAGAAAGUGGCGCCCGUUAACAGCUAACACUGUUGACAAACAGCAACUAAUAGCAUUUGGAAUUUUUUCGACUUAAAAUUGGCAUUAGACCGAAGUUGAUAGUACAAGAAAUGUCAAAUCUGGCGUUUUUGAAAUAUGAAAUGUACAUUUGUGUUAUGUUUGCAUAUCAUUUGGAAAGGGAAAUUAAAUUCAAAUAUUGUUGAGCAUUGGAGAGGGUGUUUGAGAGACAGCGUUGACUUGAUUGAUUAAAACUAACUUAAAACUUAUUUUAAUACCAUUUGUAAAUCAUUUUCUAAAUUUAAAUUAUGCGUAGUUAGUGUUGUGGUGUGAAAGGGGAAUUUUAAAACGAUGUGGUUGAAAAAGGAGGAUCAAGAAAGUGACAGUGCGUCAGUCGCGCGGACGGAGCAAAAGUACACACAUGCGCGUUCACGCGCCACUGAGCCAUAGAAAUAUAAUGGAAUCCGAGUCCUGCUGACGUAAUCCCAGCACGGAUAAGGAACUGCUCAGGAGUCCAGGACAGUCCAUCUUCAUAUCGUGAAUGCACUUAGAGUUUGGUUCACGCUGGACUUUUUUCAAAUACAAACUUUGUUUUUUGUACUCCUUAAAAGCCAAGUGCCACUUCCCCUGAGCUGUCAACAGUUUGUGAUAUGUGAUAAUUAGCUGUUGUCUCAUUGCCAUGGCAUUGCCAGAGCAACAGCAGCCACUGCAUAAGACCGAGGUUUGGUGUGACAGUGAAGGAGGAGCAGUUACUGUGCGGAUAAACGACAGCCAUAAUCAACAGGUGCGUCCAAACCAAUCUGUUGACCACCCUGACAUGAGUUCCUCCAAACCCUGCAAAUACAGCAUCUCCUCGAGCUGUAGCUCAGGGGAGUUGGGUGUUCCCAGAGCAGUGAUGACUCACCUGAGCAAUCCGAGGAGGGUGCCCCCACUUUUCGAGAGGUCUGCCGCACAGUGCUGGGACCCCAAGUUUGACUCCUCCAUCCUGGAGGAGGCAUGCAGGGAGCGUUGCUUCCCGCAGAUGCAGAGAAGAUUUCGCUACAUCCUGUUCUACCUGGCCACCGCUGCACUCCUAUGGGGGAUAUACUUCGGGAUCAACAGCUCUAGGUGUGAGCCUACAAACUUCCUUGUCCCAACAGCAGGGUUUCUUAUACUGUGCCUUGUCCUCCUCUGGUUUACAUUCACAAAGCCUUAUUCUCGAUACUACAACCACACCUCCUUCCUCCUCACCGUCAUCAUGUUUGGCAUCACCCUGGCGCCCCAAACUCAGACUGCUCACUUUGCUCAUUAUGACAGCCACAGGGCAGACAAUCAGUCACCACUACCUGUUUAUCAAAAUGCUUCUUGCAUAUCACCCGUAGGGACAUUUUCUCUCUGUAUGGAGGUGCUGCUCUUGCUGUACAGCGUGUUGCACUUGCCUCUGUAUGCCUCAGUGCUCCUGGGCCUGCUGUAUUCUGUGCUCUAUGAAGCGUUAGGCUGGUUGCACCUUGCUCAGUUGGACGAGAGUUAUGUAGGGUCAAGGGAAGGAAUUUCGGGCACACUUAGCUGGCUUGGCCCAGGCAAAUUCCUGCUGCACUUGUGCGCACAUGUCGUCGGCAUCCAUAUUUUCAUAAUGUCUGAAGUGCGCUCUCGGAGUACCUUUCUCAAAGUCGGCCAGGCCAUCAUGCAUGGGAAGGACUUGGAGGUUGAAAAGGCGCUGAAGGAGCGGAUGAUCCACUCUGUGAUGCCCCGAUCGGUGGCGGAUGAGCUGAUGAAGCAGGGGGACGAGGAGAGCGAGAGCUCAGGGAAACGAUACAGCGCAGGUACGUGCUCCGUGGCCGCCGCAGCUGCCGUAACCUCCUCCAGCCCCAAAAGCCACAAGCGAAAGAAGAACUCCAUCCCUCGUGGACAGAUCAUUUUCAGGCCCUUCAACAUGAAGCGCAUGGAGCCAGUGAGCAUCCUCUUUGCCGACAUUGUGGGAUUCACCAAAAUGAGUGCCAACAAGUCUGCCCAUGCUCUGGUGGGACUCUUAAAUGACCUCUUCGGCCGCUUUGACCGUCUCUGUGAGUUGACCAGCUGCGAAAAAAUCAGCACUCUAGGAGAUUGCUAUUAUUGUGUGGCAGGCUGUCCCGAACCGCUCACUGAUCACGCCUACUGCUGUGUGGAAAUGGGGCUCGGGAUGAUCCAGGCCAUCGAGCAGUUCUGCCAGGAGAUGUCGGAGACUGUGAACAUGCGCGUCGGUGUGCACACGGGCACUGUGCUCUGCGGGAUUCUGGGAAUGAAGCGCUUUAAGUUUGACGUCUGGUCCAAUGAUGUCAAUUUAGCCAAUCUCAUGGAGCAGCUGGGCGUAGCGGGAAAGGUGCACUUGUCGGAGGUCACAGCAGGUUUUCUGGACGACCGCUAUGAGAGGGAAGAUGGACGAGUGAUUGAACGUGUCGGGCACAGUGUCACUGAUCAGCUGAAAGGUUUGAAGACGUAUCUGAUCUCGGGGCGGAAGCUGGGCUCUCAGUGUGGAUGUUCACAGCUCAGUUUGGGCCAAGAAUUUGGUGAGACGUUAAGUCCAUCCUCAAAUACACACACUCCAGAUCACACACACUGCGUCAUUGCAGAACCACAAUCGCAUGGCAAGGCUGGGUUUAUGCCCUGUAGCAUCUCCAUAGACGUCGUUGACAAUCCAACAACAGAUGAGGCAACUCAAAAUGGCUGCCAGGAUGAACAUCGAGCCAACAGCAGCAAGUUUCCCGCUGGUCGUAGUCCUAAAACCCUGAACGGGCUGUUGAGUCCUCUGUGUGAGGAGCGGGUGGGAGUCAGCCAGUCGUCUUUGUGUGACAAACUCCAGGAGAAAGACCGCAGCUGGGCCGGAAGUCUGGCUGCAGAAGGCAAGGACCACUCGGCAAUCCUUCCGCUGCGCUCCAAAAACUUCCGGGAGAAAAGCGACGCACACUUUGUGGAGGUGAUAAAGGAAGACAGUCUGAUGAAGGAUUACUUCUUCAAGCCACCCAUUAACAAACUGAGUCUGAACUUCCUGGAAAAGUCUCUGGAGUCUGCUUACCGCACCAGCUAUCAUGAGCAGGUGAUGAAUCAUGUGCCAGUUCAGACGUUUGCGAGUCCAGUGUUCAGCUCUCUGCUGGACGUCCUGCUGUCGUGUACUGUGUUUCUGGCUCUGACCAUGGCCUGUUUCCUCUACCCGCUGGUGUCCAUGCAGACACCGCUGGCCGCCACACUGGGCCUGGCCAUCACUGCUGCACUGCUGGAGCUCGUCUCGCUCCUUCUGUCCAUUCGUAUGAUCUUCUGUCUGGAUGAUGUGCAGAACUGCAGUCGCAUUCUGCUGAAGCUGGUUUCGGGUUGGGUGCCACGGCAUGUGAUCGGGGCAGUGCUCGUGUCACUUCCUGCUGUGUCAGUUUUCUCCCACCUAGCCUACAGUCUGCAGCUGCCAAUCCAGGUGACCAUGUUCCUGUGCUGCGCUCUCAUUAUUGCCAUUAUCCAGUACUGUACCUUCUGCCAGCUGAGUUUCUGGAUGCGUUCGGCUCUGGCCACUGUUGUUGGUUUGUCUUUGCUCAUUCUGCUCUACAGCGCCAGCAUUAGGACCAGCGCCACUGAUGCUUUUCCGAAUUUUGGGAAUAUGAGUAACCAGAGUGCACAAGUGGAUCUGUUAGGCGAAUCGAACUCUGCGCCCACAGCGCUUGACCUGCUCGUCCUAGAGACUGUGCUCUCCUUCUUCCUUCUGCUGCUGCUAGUUUGGUUCCUCAACCGGGAGUUCGAGGUCAGCUACCGUCUGCAUUACCACGGGAAUGUGGAAGCCGACAAGCAUCGCAUCAAGAUUCAGACCAUGCGAGAUCAAGCAGACUGGCUGCUGCGUAAUAUCAUCCCCAUCCACGUCGCGGAGCAGCUGAAGGUGAACCAGAGCUACUCUAAAAAUCACGACAACGUCGGAGUCAUCUUCGCAAGUAUCGUCAACUUCAGCGAGUUUUACGAAGAAAGCUACGAAGGUGGGAAAGAGUGCUACCGAGUACUCAAUGAACUCAUUGGAGACUUCGAUGAACUGCUACGUCAGCCUGCAUUCUCCAAUGUUGAGAAGAUUAAAACCAUUGGCGCCACAUACAUGGCAGCGUCUGGAUUAAAUGGGCAGCAGUGCCAAGAGCAGCCCCACCCACACGCUCACCUAUGCGCCCUCUUUGACUUUGCCCUUGAAAUGAUGCGUGUAGUGGACGAUUUUAACAAAAACAUGUUGGGUUUCAAGUUUAAGCUACGAAUUGGCUUCAACCACGGACCCCUGACUGCUGGUGUCAUCGGCACAACAAAGCUGCUCUAUGAUAUUUGGGGCGACACGGUCAACAUCGCCAGCCGCAUGGACAGCACUGGAGUUGAGUGUCGCAUACAGGUCAGCGAAGAGAGCCACUGUGUGCUUAGCAGAAUGAACUACGCCUUUGAUUAUCGCGGCACUGUAAACGUGAAAGGGAAAGGGCAAAUGAGGACUUACCUGUUUCCCCAAAUGAACGAGGGUGGAAUGGGGUCCACACAAAGCCUGGAACAAGGCCAGGUGGACAGUUUAGAGCCUAGCACACUUGCCAAUACAACAACGCCAACACACGCUGCACCACUAAUCCCUCCAUCCAACUCUCCCAAUGCUGCCUCUAUCAGUGGCCACGGUGUGCCUCAGGGUCCUGUAUUAGGCCCGUCUCAGAUUACUAGGGAUGCUUUUUCUGUCCCUGAGCUCAAAGAAAAGGAUUACGACAGUCCUUAUCAAGCACCAUCGCUAAGUGGUACACAACCUUCCUCAAUAGCACAACUGUACGCGCCGCUAGCCAGACCAGAGACACCUUUACAAGGAGAAGAAGAUGAAGCAGAUGAGCGUACAAAGCUCAGGGCAGUGGAGUGAAUUAAACGUCCUCCUCACCUCGGCUUACCAGCAGUCCUUCCUCAAGAACAGUUCAAAUCAACGUCUUUUUAAGGGGCUUUUCUGACAACAACUGUUCCAAUGAGUAGCAUUAGCCUGUAUUGGGCAAAAGUGUUGACAAUUGGAGAAAUGGGUGCGCUGAGCAUCUGCUGUGUGGAUCACAGUGUAGCACAGAAGGGAACGAAUGGGGUUCAUAUUUCUGAUGUUCUCAAAUGAGUUUUUUUGGUUUUGUUUAUAAAGUGCCUUCAGUAAUCUAACUCGAAUGAACAAAUCAAAGAGAUGUUUAAACAAAUAUAUCAGCGUGGCUUUUGGAAAUAUGUGGAUGGCGGACGUAAAAUUGUAAAGUGUUACACCUCUUAUGCCAUAUUCACUUUAUUUCCGUGUAUACUUAAGACAAGGUCAUUGAUAAACUAGUUGCUAUUGUAUUAUGGAGAUUAUAAAGAAACACAGCAUAUUAGUUUCACUUUCACUUUCAAAUAAAACCAAGGAAAGACAAGGGAGGCUAGAUAAACAAUGGACGCUUCUAUAUACAAAGCCCACAUUAAUAUCCAAUAUAUCUGGCAGCAAACAAUGUAGCUUUUAUCAAUGGGAGGUAAAAGCAGCUCGCGCACAAUAGCAACCUGAACUCCUGAAACUAGUAAAACAGCACAAUCAGCUUUGUUUAAACAAUCAAGAUGGCGGAAAUCACACUGUGUGCUCUCGUUAUCCACUUUAUUAGAGGAAAAUGAAUGCAUUUCAGAACAUGUUUGGAGGUUUGGCCCUCUAACCUUAAUUUCUGAGCACAAUUAUGACCUAUGAGGGAAUAUUCAAAUUUUUCAAGCAAGCAUGGCACUUAUAUUAGUUGGAUGAAGAAUGAAUUACUAAAUUAUCCACUUAAUGAGGCCUUUGAUGAAGCGUGAAAUGAUUUUGUAGCUGAUUUGUUUAUCAAUGCAUUGAUUACUAAUUGACUUCUUUCUGUGCCUCAACUUUUCCUAUAAGUAUCAGCCAUUCUAUGAUCAUGCCAGCAAAGCCCGAGUUGGAACCGCCAUUGAUUUGCUCUAUCACCUUGCACUUAUGAUACCCGUUCACUCCAUGGCCUUGAGGAAGAUGUUUCACCAUAGUCUCCGAGCAGCUUCAGCUGCGAAUUUGGUAUCAAACAUCAAUCCCUGCCUUUUUUGAGUGAGCAAAUUCUGUUGGAAUUUUGAUAGCAGCCAUAACUUAAUUUUUUUUUUUUUACCCAGCAUAGUAGUUGUUCCCAGAUUGUGCCUGCUUUUCUUGCUGAUUUUUUUGUCUCCGAUGGGUUCAGAACACUAGAGAAUAAUCUGCAGUAUAUCUUCCGAUGCGUCUUACAUUUCAGUCAACAAUCAAGCGAAGCCAUUUUAGCUUCUCACACCAAGUUAGAUCAGUAUCAUGCGUUAAGAAUAAGCUGGGCUCUGAGAUUUAAGGAAAAAUCCCCCUCCUCAUUUUGUUUACAGAGCAAUCACUAGUUUUCCUUUUAAAAAGAAUCCAGUGCCUUAUGUUGCCUACUUUUUUUUUCAUCAUUCGUAAUACCAGAUUGCUUUCAAAAUAUCGGGACAGCUUUCACAAUAGUAUGUUAUUGUAUAUUAUUGUUUCCUUUUUGAUGUGAAUUAUAAUUCCAGUCUCUUUUUUUUAAUGUACACUGUGUAUCUUUAAAUGGAACUUUUCGGGAUGGAAAAGGGAUUUUUGCUGUUAAUUGUGCACUGCUUUCCAGCCAUUCACCUUUUGAGUUAUUGUAUCACUCCAUUGGCAAAAGGAGCUCAGUGUUGACAGUAUUGAAUUACUUGUGCAUAAUGUAUGUUGUUUUGUAUUAAAUGCAUUCAUAUUUAUUGGGGCUGUGCAUGGAUCGACGCUCACCCACAGAGCCUAAUAUUAAAAAGGGCAUAUUUAUGAAAGCGAGCCACUUAAAGAAGGGAACUGACACAUGGGACACCUAGUUUCAACAUAACAAGCAUCUAUUUUAGUCCUCGAGGCUCUGAAAAGUGCCUUUGGUUUAAUUCUGCUAAUUCUUUUAUGAUUUAUUUUGAACGAACUAAAAUGUGUGUAAGUUUAUAGUUGAUCGUUUUAUAUGUGCUUGCUCCAACUUUUUCCCACCACUGCCUUUUCUGUAGGUUUUCUGCAUUUUAGUUUUGGAAUUCUUAAAGUUUAAUAUGAAUCAGUGUUUUUAUUUUCUGGCCUUUCACUUCUUCAUCAUUUUAUUUUGUAGAUGGUUUAAUCCUAAGUGCAUAGGCCAUAUGUUUUAGUGCAAAUCUAAAGUGCACAUAACCGAUUUGUUGUGGUGCUCAAGAGUGUUAAAGAAAUGUGCCCUUAAAUAUGAUUUCACAUGCUUUUAAUAACUGUGUAAUAAUUAUUUAGGCUUUUUUUGUGUUGGGAAUAUGUGUAUACCAAAGAGUUUAAAUAGUGUGGGCAGAAACUGCGAGACUGAGCUGUGGAAUGUGGACAAGAUGUUGUUUUUUUUUCUCCCUUUUUUCUUCUUUUUCCUCAGCAGCACAUGUUCCUCAAUGUUCUUAUGCACAAGAAACACAGCGGGUAUUGAUUUAUUAGCCAUUAUAUUCAGGCAAAAAAGCAUAAUCUGUAUACAUUUGCACAGUGCACUCACUUUGUAUGUACAUAUCAUUUAUUGUUUUAUUUUAUUUUUAUUUUUCAGAAUUGAUAAUACAAUGUGCAUGUGCCAGAUUUCAAGAGUAGAGAAACAAAGAAAUGAUUUCAGAAA